AUGGUCAACGCAAUUGCUGCUGUUCUCCUCGGCGCCGGCGCCCUCGUGUCUGCUGCUCCCUCGAGCCUCGACACUCGUGCGUCCUGUACCUUCACCGACGCCGCGUCUGCGAUCAAGGGCAAGACCUCCUGCACGACCAUCACCCUCAACAACAUCGAGGUUCCCGCUGGCGAGACCCUCGACUUGACUGGCCUCAAGUCCGGCACCGAGGUCAUCUUCCAGGGAACCACCUCCUUCGGCUACAAGGAGUGGGAGGGCCCUCUCAUCUCCGUUUCCGGCACCAAGGUCACCGUUUCCGGUGCCUCCGGCCACGUCAUUGAUGCCAACGGUGCCAAGUGGUGGGACGGCAAGGGCGGCAACGGUGGCAAGAAGAAGCCCAAGUUCUUCGCUGCCCACAGCUUGAAGCAGUCCACCAUCAAGGGCCUCAACGUCAAGAACACCCCGGUCCAGGGCUUCUCCAUCAGCAGCUGCACUGACCUGACGGUCGACUCUGUCACGAUUGACAACAGCGCUGGCGACGUCACCAACGGCGGCCACAACACCGAUGCUUUCGAUGUUGGCAACUCUUCGGGCGUCACUAUCUCCGGCGCCAACGUCAAGAACCAGGACGACUGCCUUGCCAUCAACUCCGGCUCGGACAUCACCUUCACCGGCGGUACCUGCUCCGGCGGUCACGGUCUCUCUAUCGGUUCCGUUGGCGGUCGUUCCAACAACGAAGUUAAGAACGUCAAGAUCCUCAACUCGACCAUCAAGAACUCGGACAACGGUGUCCGCAUCAAGACGGUUUCCGGUGCCACUGGCUCCGUGUCGGGUGUUACUUACUCUGGUAUCACUCUGUCCAACAUUGCCAAGUACGGCAUUGUGAUCCAGCAGGACUACGAGAACGGCUCGCCCACCGGCAAGCCCACGACGGGUGUUCCUAUCACCGACCUGACCAUCUCCAACGUCAAGGGCACGGUCGCCUCCUCCGGCACCGACGUCUACAUCCUCUGCGGUAGCGGCUCCUGCUCCAACUGGAAGUGGUCCGGCGUCUCAGUCACUGGCGGCAAGAAGUCCACCAAGUGCAGCGGCAUCCCCUCCGGCUCCGGCGCCUCUUGCUAA